GGCGGAAGUGAAAGCUGUCGUCUUCCUGUCCGUCUGUCCCGUCUGUCCCCAUGAUCCUCGCUCGGGCACGGCAACACCGACUGACGCGGGUCGCAGGGGAAACUCCACUUGCCGCAACUCAACUUUCCCCCCCACGGUCUCGUCUCAACUCUCGGUGCUACUGAGGCUCCACACACAUGGAUCACAGUGGAGCCAGUGAGGGGCCUGGGGCAGGCAGAGGGACCCCCGUCCCCUCUGCUGGUCCGCCCGCGGGUGCCAAGGGUCGAGGGGCCCAGAGUGGCCCGAAGCCCAGAGUGAAGAUGACGCCCUUCCACAGCUCACCCAUAGUCGACAGUGAUGGAGCCCUCUGCAGCAAGAGACCCGGAGCAGCGUCUGGGAAACUGCUGGCGUCACCUGGCCGCCUGUUGCUGGACACACCUGGACGUAAGACUGCCCCAGGAGUCAGGGAGAGACCCCCCCCCGCCGCCGCCGCCGCUGCUGCUGGGAGGUCAGAGGAACACGCCCCCGGUCCAGGCUCUGCACAGGCGACGAUGGAAGAAAAAGCACACGCCAGUCAAGUGGUGGUCAAGGCUGCGGGCAAGAAGGCCAAAGCUGUCAGCACCGAGCUUUGUGACAGCCGCAAAGGCAAAGAGAAGAGAGCCGCCUCCACCACUGCCAAACCUCCGUCAGCUGUGAAGAGGAAGAGGCGAAAAAUGGGAAUGUACAACCUGGUCCCCAAAAAGAAGGCCAAGGCCCUUAAACAGCAGGAGAAGAAAGAGGAGGUGGGAGCCAGCUUGGAGAAGAGCAGAGCUGCUGCAGAUGACAAAGCACCGGAAACCCCGGCGGUCGGAGAGCAGGCGGCAGUCAGGAAUGAAUCUCUGCUGGGGACAGAGCCAGGAGAAGGCACCCACGUCGAAUACACAGAGCUGGCUCUGGACUGUCUAGACCUGAAGGCUCAGGAAGAGCUGCUCUCUCCUCCCCUGACAGCAGACUCUGAGGUGACAGAAACGGACCUGGCGGAGGAGUUACCUCUGUGCUGCUGCCGUAUGGAAACUCCUCACUGUGGAGGAAGCCUGACCUCGUUGGAUCAGACCUGCAUGGCCAUGGAGAGCACGAAUGGAAUGCUGAGUCGCUGCCAGAGGCGCGUGAUGAAGCAGGAAAUGAUGCGACCCUCCAACACGGUCCACCUACUGGUUCUGUGUGAGGACCACCGGGCCGGCAUGGUCAAGCACCAGUGCUGCCCUGGCUGUGGACUCUUCUGCAGGGCGGGCACCUUCAUGGAGUGCAGGCCAUACGGCAGCAUCUCGCAUCGCUUUCACCGUGACUGUGCCUCCAUACUGAAGGACUGCCGGUUCUGCCCCCACUGCGGAGAGGACGCCAGUGGCGCCAAGGAGGUCACGGUGCCGAAGGCUGAACAGUCGCCCUCUGUACCCAGAUCGAACCCCAGGCUGUCACUUCCCACUGUGGCUACCCUGCCGUCGGAACCAACCACGCCUGCGGUUCCACAGAUACUCCGAGCGAAGAAGUCCAGCGAGCCUCAGAGGAGCAGAGACGAGAGCCCGAGCAGGUUAAAGGGCGAGACUGUGUGUGCUGCAGAGAGACCCAAAGAGUCGCUAGAGACCAUCCUCAUGGCACUGGAUGAUGAGAACCUGAAACCAAAGAAAGUGAAGUACCCCACCAGACAGCUGUACAUCUCUGCUAAACAAGGAGAGCUCCAGAAGGUCAUUCAUCUCUUAGUUGAUGGGAAGGACCCCAACUUUUUGAUGGAGGGUCAAAACAAACGCACUCCUCUUCAUGCAGCGGCUGCCGAGGGUCACAAGGAGAUCUGCCACAUGCUGGUUCAGGCUGGAGCCAACCUGGAAAUGUUUGAUGAAGAGCAGAGAACACCGCUGAUGGUGGCCUGUGAGAACAACCACCUGGACACGGUGAAGUACCUGCUCAGAGCUGGAGCCGCCGUCUGCCACAAGGAUAUCAUGGGUUUCACCUGUCUGCAUCUGGCUGCUAAACUGGGCCAUCAUGACAUAGUCCAUCAUCUGCUCUCCAAGGCAUCCAAACACAUCAACUGUCAGGACGACGGGGGCUGGACUCCCAUCACCUGGGCCGUCGAGUACAAGCACAAGGAGCUGGUCCACCUGCUGUUGGCCAGAGGGGCCGAUGUUAACAUCAGAGACAAGGAGGAGAACGUCUGCCUGCACUGGGCCGCGCUGUCGGGCUGCGACGACGUCACCCAGGCUCUGCUGGAGGCUCAGUGCGACCUCAACGCUGUCAACGCUCACGGCGACGCUCCACUUCACGUCGCCGCCAGAGAGAACCACAUGGAGUGUGUGAUGUUGUUCCUGUCCCGUGGAGCGGACGUCACUCAGAGGAAUAAGGAAGGGCAGACGGCUCUGGAGUGCUGCGUCUUCGGCUCCAACGUGUGGACGGCCCUCAACACCAACAAGAAGCUCACCGAGGCCCGGAGGGGCCGGGACUGUCGAGGAGAGAGGAUGCUCAGCAGGGACAUCUCUCGGGGGUACGAGGCAGCUCCCAUCCCCUGUGUUAAUGGUGUCGACAGCGAGCCCUGCCCCGACAACUUUAAGUACAUACCCGACAACUGUGUCACCUCGCCGCUGAACAUAGACAAGGACAUCACUCACUUACAGCACUGCAGCUGUACGGACGACUGCUCCUCCAGUACCUGCAUGUGUGGUCAGCUCAGUCUGCGAUGUUGGUAUGACAGUGAGGGGCGACUGCCACUGGACUUCUGUCAGCGCGAGCCCCCCGUGCUGUUUGAGUGUAACCAUGCCUGCUCCUGCUGGAGGACCUGCAGGAACCGAGUGGUCCAAAACGGACUGAGCCUAAUGAUGGCUCGCCUCACUGACAGUGACAGCUCCUUGGAUCUCAUAUUGAGAGGUAACAGCAACAGAUUCCAAAUGCAGAUGUCACUCCUGGAAUCAAGUCCAGACCUUUUACCUGCUUAAUUGAUGAUGAAAUAAUGAGGGAAAAGCCCACACCUGUCCAUGAAAUAGCUUUUGAGUCAAUUGUCCCAUUACUUUUGGUCCCUUAAAAAGUGUGAGGCACCGUUCACCUGAUUUGGAUGUAAAUACCCUCACAUGAAAGCUGAACGUCUGAAGUUAAAGCACAUCUUGUUGAAGAGGAUCGUGUCGAUGUCCCAAUAUUUAUGGACCUGACUGUAUAUAGUGUCAUUUUUGUCGUAUAGAAUAGAACUUUAUUGUCCACCGGAGUGGAAAAUUGUCUUUCGCUCACCAGUAAAUGAACAGAGGCAUGAAGACUGACAGUCGCACAGCACAACCAGCAAUGACUGACAGGGUUAGCAUAAAAGCCACAUAGAAACAACAUAAAAGCAAUAUUUGAAGAGGUUUUUAGAGGCUUUAGUGACUCUAUGGCGCCUCCCGGAGCUCAAGGGCUCAAACUGGCUGAAGAGAGGAUGGGAGCUAUCGGCCAAGGUACUCCUUGUCCUCACAAAUUUUGUUUGCCAUCGAGACGACAACCCUGGAGAGUUUGUUUUUAUUCCUGCAGUUUAAGUGACAGUACCAGGCAUGAAGAUGGAUGGUGAAAACACUCUCAACAAGAGAUCUGUAUACAAGUUCGAGAAUCUGCUGGCUUACCCCGAGGCCGCUGAGUCUUCUGAGAAGAUAGAGUCGCUGUGAGCAUUUCUUAAAAAAUAUAUACGGUGUGCUUCCAGAGGAGCUCACCAUUUGAAGUUUUGCGCAGUUUGAGCAGGUCGGCCGUCUAUUGGAACUCGCUCUGUGAUAAGUUCUGGUUUUGUGCAGAAGGUCAGCUUUAAUGUGGGCAAGAUAGGCAGCUUCAGAGAGUGGGUCAGUUUUCAGUGAGGAGGCCCACCAGGGCAUACUUGACCGGUUCAAACUUCAAUUCAUUUGUGAGAAGGGAGAACAGUGGAGGGGAGAGAACGCGGCCCUUGUGGGCAGCGCUCACAGUGAGAACCCCCUGACACAGACCCUCUGCGGGCGGCGAGUAAGGAGAUCUCUGAUCCAGUGUGCAGAUACAGCACAGCCCACUGCACGCCGUCCAGCUCUCGCAACACGUCAGUGUGAGAAAGUUUUAAUAUCCGAUAAUAAACAAAGUUGAUAUGGUUUUAUUGUCUGAUGAAAAAAAACAAAAACACAAGGCACGGGACUGUGUCCAGAGACUGUUCUGUCGAAGGCCCCAUCUCUACUCGUUAUUUCAAUCAUCCAGAUAAAAUCCGGAUGUGACGACUCAACUAGCAGCAGUGAACUCCAGAACGUUGUCGGCCCGGGAAAAGAAAAUUCCCUGCUCUUACUUUUCACCGCUGCCGUUCCUUGUUAGACAAUCUGCCUCCUGGUUACAAUUGGCAUGCACGCGCCCAGUGAGUGUAUGUCAAUGUGUCAAUGGCCGUGCGAUGUGUGUGUGUGUCCAGGUGUGUUAGCGUGAACGGGGAUUAUUUCUGACACAGAGCUGAGACGCUCGCCUGGACGGAGACGGCUGUUUUUGAAAACGAGAAGAAAUCAGCGUGGACGCAGCCUCAGAGUCUAGCCUCUGGCCGACGGCGGAUUUACACCAGACCAGCGGAAGAGAGAAUCAAUUCUCUCUUCCAGGAACGGGAUUGCCUCAAGUUGUUUUUCUCCCGUGAAAAUGUGUUUUUCCUGAAUAAAAUCAAUGCGAUCUCUUGACUUAAUGUUCCUCCUAAGCUCGCUGCCGCCCUAGAUAACCGCCCUGCUGCUGUUGUUGUUGUUGUGGUGGGUUUCAGAGCCCGGCUGCAGCUCUUCAGGACACAGAAGAUG